CACUUCCACUGAUCUAGGGAUUUUGGUUCCGUCCAGUGACAAACUCAAAAGUUGUUUGAAAGUUUUUUAUUUUUUUACAAACAGUUUAAAUAGUUAUUUGAUAAAAUGCAAUGCACGCCUGAAGAGAUAGAGCAGAAGAGACGCCUAGCGUUGGAAAAACUGGCCAAGAAGCGCCUACUCAGCCCUCAAAGCCAUAACCUCCAAAGUGAAAAAAAUGCAGCCCCACAAUCACCGUUCCGCUUUAAGGACCAAAGCCAGGCGUGUAAGCACAACGCGAAGCCCUACGACAAGCCCGUGUUGUCUUUUUACGGUAAAGACGCUGUCGUAACGGGCAAAACAAGCUUAAUAAAGGAAGACAGAUUUGUGGUAGAAUUGUCCGGGUUUAGCACCCCAGCGAUUGAGAUUUUUAAAACUAUGCCAACACGUAAUUACAAUGGUAAGACACGAAAUUGGGAUUUUCACGUCCGAGACCACGACGCGUUAAUUGCGAAAUUACAAACGUUACGACCCAAUGUUUUGGUCGAAAAACUGCCAGUUUUUAUCCUCAGUUGCGUAAAUAAGGAACGAACCGACUAUUCUAACAUUGACUUGAGUGGUCUUGACCCCGAACUGGGGGGCGCCUUAAUGCCGUUUCAACAGGAGGGAGUCCGUUUUGGGAUUGACAAAAACGGGAGGUGUUUAAUUGCGGACGAUAUGGGUUUGGGAAAAACGUUUCAGGCUUUAGGCAUUGCCAAUUACUACAAAAACGACUGGCCUCUGCUUAUCGUUACAACUAGUUCAAUGAAGAACGUUUGGGAAGAAACCAUCCAUCGUUACCUCCCAAGUGUUCCGAUUUUUCAAAUACAGUACAUGACCUCAGGGAAGGACUACAUUGGGGACAGUCGUGUCUUGAUCGUAAGCCACGAUAUGAUGUCUCGUUACGUCGAUAAUUUAUUGAAAAAACAGUUUGGUGUUUUGAUUAUUGACGAAUCACACAAUUUAAAAAAUUUCAAAGCUAAGUGUACAAAAGCCGCAACUGCAUUAGCGAAAAAAGCCAAACGUGUCGUUCUAUUGAGUGGCACCCCUGCCUUAUCACGUCCGAGCGAACUGUUCUCACAGUUGUCACUGAUUGACGAUAAAUUUUUCGGGAAUUUUUUCGACUAUAGCAAGCGGUAUUGUGACGGAAAGUCGACCAAUUUCGGCUGGGACGCGUCCGGAAAGUCAAACUUGCAGGAGCUUGAAAUCGUGCUAAACCGCAAAUUUAUGAUCAGACGCACGAAAGAAGAAGUGUUAAAAUCAUUACCGAACAAAUCGCAAGAAGUCGUCACUUUGGACGUUAAUUUAAAUCAGUUUAGUGUGGAAGACAAGGAAUGUUUAAACGCCUUGGCUGCGAAAUACGCCAGUCAGAAAAAAAGUGCGGAAAAACACGCAAUUUUGCUAACUUUUUUCAGCGAAACUGCGAAAAUUAAAAUUCCGUCGGUGUGUUCGUAUAUUUUGCAAGUUUUGAAAAGUGGGCAAAAGUUUUUGGUUUUUGCCCACCACCAGAUAAUGUUGAAUGCGGUUUGUAAUGUGCUUGAUAAGAAAAGUGUUAAAUAUAUUAGGAUAGAUGGGAGUACGACGUCGGAACAAAGGAAAUUUUUUGUCGAUAAGUUCCAGUUAAAUGAUGAUUGUCUAGUGGCUGUUUUAUCAAUCACUGCAGCCAAUGCUGGAAUUACGUUGACUGCAGCCCAGCUGGUGUUGUUUGCAGAAUUGCAUUGGAAUCCAAGCAUUUUAAGCCAAGCCGAAAGUCGGGCCCACCGAAUAGGGCAACAGAACCCAGUCAUAAUCAAAUAUUUGUUAGCCCCCGGGACUGCAGAUGACUCCAUUUGGCCAAUGCUUCAAAGUAAGCAAAAAAUCCUGGAAGAGGUCGGACUUUCGCGCGAUUCUUUCGAAAAUGUUUCAAUUACGAAACAAGAGACUGAAAAUUAUAAGGAGAAUCUGAACGUCAGUCUGAACCGAACAAGUGCCAACACUUUAGAUAUUACGAGUUAUUUCAAGGAUGCGCAAAACGAGAGUCUCGAGGACGUUUUUAACGAUGAUUUAGACAGUCUUUUAUGUGAUAUUGAUGUAUAAUUCGUUGGUUAUAAAACAUUUUUCCAAUAAAUUAUUAAACAGUC